AUGGGCAAGUCCAAGCGCCGCAAGCUGCAAGAACGCAAAGAGCACAACGAAAAGUCCAAUGGCGGACGCUCAAAAUUCAAUGUCCGAGACGGACCUUCGCGACCGAAACACCAACAGUCCAAGUCGCGGCAACAUGCCAAACCUGCCGCCGUGAAAAUGACCGUAUCACCUGCACAAAAGCAACAGCAACAACACCAAGAACACAUCAUUCCCUUCGACGCUCUGGACCGAAUCCUAGUGAUUGGCGACGGCGACCUGAGUUUCAGCAGAAGUCUGGUGGACACACAUGGAUGCGCUGCACUGUUAGCCACGACCUACGACUCCGCGGCCGAGUUAUUGGAGAAAUACCCACAAGCACAGGAAAACAAAGAUGCGAUAGAGGCAGAAGAGCAAAGAGUGUUACACGGCGUAGACGCAACAAAACUAGGUCAAAAAGAAGUCAAGAAACAAGCUGGAGGGUGGGAGAGAGUGCUGUUCAACUUCCCUCAUGCUGUGGCACCGCUAUUGGCUCCUCACGGUACUGUCAUUGUUACUCUGUUCGAGGGCGAACCAUACACUCUCUGGAAUAUUCGCGAUCUAGCUCGUCACUCUGGCUUGGAAGUCCAGCGCAGUUUCCGUUUCCAGGCUGACGCGUAUCCGGGAUAUGCUCAUGCGCGUACUCUGGGCAACAUAGACGGAGGCGGCGGUUGGAAAGGUGAAGAGAGGCCGUCAAGAAGCUAUGUUUUCCAGCACAAGGGUGCGGGAGAUGUGGUGCAGAAGCAACAGGCCAAAAACAACAAGAGGAAGAAGAUGGAGCAGAGUGAUGAUGAGGACAGUGACGAAGACUGA